AUGAUCGCGCUCGUGUGGUCGUCUUUGGCCCUUAACGCCAUUUACUUCUUGCAGGCUCUGUCCACCGUAACGUCGCCCCUCGAGGCGCUGUGGACGGCGGCUGGGGCGUUUGUGGGUUACACGAUCGCAGAUUUGGUGAGCGGGGUGUUCCACUGGUCGGUGGACAACUACGGGGACGGCAGCACACCGGUCUUCGGGGCGGUGAUCGAGGCGUUUCAAGGCCACCACGGUUCGCCGUGGACAAUAACCUACCGACCGUUCGAGAACAACGUGCACAAGAUCGCCUACGCCGUGCUGCCUCUGCUGGCGCUACUUCGCCUGGUCAACCCGGGGCCAGCGGGCGUCGCCCUCGGGGUCGCCUUUCUCGUCGGAUCGCUCAUGUCCAACGAGUUUCAUCGUUUCGCGCACAUGACGUCUCCGCCCCCGAUUGUGAGGGCCCUCCAAAAAUUCGGUGUAACCGUCAGCCGUAAGGAGCACGGACGACACCACUCGAGCCCCUUCGAGGAAAAAUACUGCAUCGUUACCGGGGUAUGCAACGGGCCGCUCGACCACUUCAGAGUUUUCCGGUUCAUGGAGAGGGUGGUGUACGAGCUGAACGGUGUGGAGCCUAUCGCGUGGAAGCUUGAUCCCUCCGUUAAGGAGGUUGCAUUAGCCACGGGAUGGCUUCCCUUUUCUAGUGCUGUGGCUGGCGCCGAGGACGCUGCUUCGUAGGAGCCCACCCCUUUGUUGGUGGUGACCAUCUGCACUUCGCCAACGAUGGAUAGCCGGACUGCGAGCCCAGAAAGCCGCCCACUGGCAUGUUUUGGGUUUUAUUUGUUCGGCGUGAUUUUGCUGUUUGUGGUGCGGUAGGGAGUGAGUGGAUGUAGGCGACAGCUUAUCUCUGUGUAGCCCCGCCCUUUGUCUGGGUCGCCUACUAUUUAGAACACGAGCUACGAAAUAUAGGGUGACGAAAACUGCUUUAACGGAGGGGCGUGGCGUAUCCGUUUUACCAAAGAAAAGUGAGAAUCCAUUCCAGAAAAAAACGGCGACACACGACUGCUGUCCAGCCUACGGGGUUCUAGUUGAAGGAAAACCCCGUUGCGACAGGUCGGUCGCACCCAUCACGUUUUAGUCGUGGAGUAAAGACUUCAAAACAUGAACGCCUGUUGUGCGCGUUUGGAUGUUGUAUAGGAAGAGGACCGCUUCGUGCCUUAGUGUAAAAAGAGCGAGCAGGAGAGGCGGCCUUGUGUGUGUCAAGGCCGCGGUAGCAGGUGCCGUGGUUUAGAUCGCAACGGCACAUGAAGGAGAACGUCUCACAAGCCGUAGCCAAGAGUGAUUGAUUGUCG